GGACGCCCGGAAUCCGGAACAUGUCCGACAGCGACAGGAUGGAGUUUUUCCGAAACUUCCUGAACGGCUGCGGCGCGUCGUGCAACUCCUCGCACUUGCUGCCGCAUAACGACAGCUCCUACAGCGGCGGGCUGGAGCUGGCCGGGGACGGCUCACCGUGGUUGCGGACCCUCAUCUCGGGGGUCUACUUUGCGGUGGCCACGGCCGGGGUGGUGGGCAACCUGCUGGUGUUGUUCCUCCUCUACUCCACGCGCACCAUCACCACGGGCACCAUCAACUUUUUUGUCUUCAACCUGGCUCUGGCGCACCUCCUGUUCUCCCUGGCGUUGCCCUUCUGGGCAAUGGACGUGGCGCUGGACUACAGCUGGCCCUUCGGCGUGGCCAUGUGCAAAGCCGUGUCCCUGCUCACGGGCCUCAACGUGUUUGCCAGCUGUUUCUUCCUCACCGCCAUGAGCUUGAUGCGCUACUGCUACGUGGCCGCCGCGCUCAAGCCCAGGGCCUCGGUGUGCGGCGAGCGCUGCACCUCCCCGGCGGUCACGGUUCUCAUCUGGGCGGCGGCCCUGGUGGCGGCCACGCCCCGGGCCGUGUUCGCCGACCUGCGUCGCGUGGGAAGCGGCAACGACACGGCGUGCCUUCUCCUCUUCCCGGACGGCACCGCCUGGUUGGGGAUAAACCAGCUCCUCCGUGUGGUUCUUGGGUUCCUGCUCCCGUACGCCACCAUCAUCCUGUCGUACCUGCUCCUGCUGCGCUUCCUCUGCCGCCACAAGCUGAAGGGCGGCAACUGCCGGCGGAAGGCGGACGUCUCCAAGUCGGUGGCGGUGGUGGUGCUGUCCUUCUGCGCCUGCUGGUUCCCGUACAACGUCCUGACGCUGUGGAGCGUCCUGAUCCAGCUAGAUGUGGUGGACAUCAGCCCCUCCUUCUACGGGGCGCAGACCUACUUCUUCCCGCUGGCUAACUGUUUGGCCUUCACCAGUAGCUGCUUCAACCCGGUCAUCUACUGCCUGGUGCGCAAGGAGUACCGAGCGGCCCUGCACAACGUCUUCUUCAAGUUGAGCCUGGCCGUCAUGUCCAAGAUGCCUUACGCCGUCAACGCCGACGAGGGCUCGCAGCAAGAGGCCCAGAUGGCCAUCCCCUUGAGCGACGUGCCCAGUCAGACGAGCCAAUCGGACUCCAGGCGAUACGCGCCCCUCUCGACGCUCCCGACGGUGGUCUCCACUUUGUAA